AGUCCUUCUUCACAGCCGAUAUCUGACAUCGAUCAGCGGUUCCCCGUAGGGCUGUAACUGGCAUGUUCAGCGGUGUUGGAGCUUAGUAAAGCCUGCAUCACAGCGAGCAGUGACACCGGGUCUGAACGGAGGGUAUGAGCAGGGUGUGGAUGUGCUGAUAGCCUGACAGUGGUAGCUCACCUGUUAGUGUUGCUGAUGGAGAACACCGAGGAGUAUUCGCCCCUCCGGAUCACCCCGACCGUCCGGGCGCUGAGCUCCGCACUGCGGGGGAAACGAGAGGAUGUCCUCGAUGGCAGACGGGAAAACGGCGACAGGAUCUUCCCUGAGACGGAGAAGCUAUGGUUCAAGGAGAGCAGCGCUAAAAACCUCCGGAACCGGGACUUCUUGUCGCCGACCACGAUGCUCAACACGCUGUAUGCGGACGGGCAGGUCCCUCCAGCAGUGAUGUCCAGGGUCCUGUCCCUGCGUGGCAGUGGGGUUCUCCCUGUGGCCGGUGGGGAGGUAACGGGUGAGGGUCUGAGGGUGAGGGUGGACCGGGCCGCAGCCUUCAAAGCUGUCCUGGCACAUGCAGCCACAAAGUACCUGAAGCCCUCGGGCCAGAGGCAGGGCUGUGUGGUGCUCAACUGCCCCGCGCUGCACCCUAAACCCAACACACCCACUCCUGACACACUGACCCUGGGCCAGCUGAGGACUGUUCUGUUGGCUGACCACAUGGGGGCGCUGCUGAGAAGACAAGGAUUGGCAGUGUCUUACUGCCCCACGCUUCCUGAAGACAGCGUCAUCAUCACCUUUCUCCGAGCCCUGGGCAUCGAUUGGCCGACAGCUCCAGCCAACUGGACCAAUGAGGAGCGGGAGGAGAAGAUUCAGGAGGCGCUGGAGAACUCCCCAUACAAAGAGAGGGAAACAGAAAGAAGCAGGAGAACCAGCGGAGGAGGAGGCGGAGGAGGAGGCGGAGGAGGAGGCGGAGGCGGCGGCGGAGGAGGAGGAGGAGGAGGAGGAGGAGGGAGGAAGGCAGAGGAAGGGGAGAAUGAGGGAGGCCUCAGGGUUAACCUGAAACGCGUGUUUCAGGAGGAGGGGCUGCUGGGAUACGACCCCAGCAUCGGUACCUGCACAGUUCACAGAGACAGUGUUUCCCACCUGGCGCAGCUGGACCGAGCCACUGCCGACUGCACAGUAGCCAUGGCAACAGUGUUACAUGUGACUUCCUGUCAGGAUGAGUUCCGCCAGCAGCAGAUAGCAGUGCUGUGGAGAGCCAGUGGAGCGACACACACACAGAGACAUCUGGUGUGUGGGCCGGUGAAGACUCCUGGCUCUCACCUCACCGCUGCACAGUAUCUGCAGCUGAGAAGAGGUCAGAUGAAGGAGGCCUCAGAGAUGAAGUAUGGAGAUCAAGUAGAAGGUCAGACGUGGGAUGACAUCAUCAGGGUCAUGACCUCUGCCACCGUCAGAUUUGAGCUGCUGUCAACGGUCCACACCAGUCCCGUGACACUGGACGUCCAGAGGGAAGGGGGCGUGUCCACCAAAGGGCCGAGAGGAGGAGUGUUUGUGAUGUAUAACUGCGCCAGACUGCACACUCUGUUCGACAGCUACGAGAGAGGGGUGGAGAAGGGUCUCUACCCAGAAAUCCCUGACACCUCCAAGCUGGACUUCUCUGCUCUGAAAGAGGAGGGCGAGUGGCUUCUGCUGUUCAAUUACCUCAUUACAUUCUCCGAGCAGCUGGACCAAUCAGGACAAGCGUUAGACUGUGAAGGGGGAGGAGCCAGAGUCAACAUUAAGACUGAACAGAUCUGUAAAUUCCUCGUGUCUCUCAGUAAAGACUUCAGCUCGUACUACAACAGAGUCCAUGUGCUGGGGGAGCCGCUGCCUCAUCUGUUCAACCAGAUGUUUUGUCGUCUGCAUCUGUUGAGAGCGUUGAGAGAGCUCUACCACAGCGCUCUGGAGACCCUCAACCUCCCCCCCAUCAGGCAACUAUAGCCUGGACAUGAUUCUCUCUUCCUGGGAUCUCUGCUGACCCUACCUCUUCACCUAUCUCACUUAGACACACACACUCACAUGUGUUUUGCAACUGUAGCUUCAUCACGUACACACUUCCUUUAGCAAUGAACAUGUAUUCAACUAAGACAAUCCCUUAUUUUGGCAACGUUACCGCUCAGUCUGUGGCUGUGACAGUCGAGUGUUAUACAGGUGCCCACUAUAAGAGAUGAGACAUAUAAAGUACUCAAAUAUGACCCAUGUGACGUAAGUAACCUCUCAAUUGUUCAGCUUGAAUUUCCUGGAAAAUGUGAGCUGUAUGUUGAAGUAUCAGUUUCACAUUUGAGGUUAUGCUUUGUUUCUUACUGAGAGUUAGAGGAGAUUAUCACCACUCCAAUGUCUGUACAGUAAAUAUGAAGCUACAGCCAGUUAGCUUAGCUAACGACCGCAAGCAGAGGGACAAUCUCCAAUAUAUAAGUUAUAUCUUGUAUUUUUACAAAAUCCAAGUAUGACAAAAACAUUAUGCGUUUGACAAAUGUAUGACUGGGUAUUUUGCAGGAUGUUAAUGGUCCCAGUCGAUAAAACACAUAACCGUAUUGAAACUAGAAUUGUUGUUUUACACUUUGGUUUUUGAACAUUUUGGACAAGAAUAUAAAAAACUGACAAUCAUGUUGUCCAUAUUCACUGUACUUAAGAGAGUUGUAUCAAUCUUAUCCUCUAACCCUCCAUAACAAGGCUAAGUGUAGUUCCAAAAUGUGAAAAUAUACAUUUAAAACAUACGUCUUGCCAUUUGUAUUAAUUUCCAAUUCUAACUAAAGGCUUUAUUUUACCUUUCCAAAAAUCUAAUCAGGGUCAAAUGUUUUAAGUAGGUUAGAUUGAAACUAACAGUAUUAUACAAUUUAAACGCCUCUACAAUUUAUAUUUCUGAGAAUGAAAAACAUUUGUAUUAAUCAUGACAUUAUGCAUCGAAAAAAUACUAGUUUAGGAGAAUAAAAAAUUUCCCAACUGUUAACGGUAAAAUGUCAUGACAAAGUCAGACAGGACAUUUUAAUAUACUAUAAAUCAAGUUAUUAAAGUAUUGGGUUUAAUUACAUUAACAAUUAGAUUUAAACAUAAGGAAAUAAUAACAUUACUGGGUGCUUCACCUCAUUUCAACUCUACACCUUGUUUCACUUAAUUUGCCUCAAUAUGAUCACAGUCCCCUAUCAACUGUCACUUAGACAUAUGGGUGUCUUACUCACUGCCUGAAAAGAGUUGUUUUGCUUUUAAUAAGCCUUGCUUUACUGUUAAAGGCCCCUUUCAUGUACGUUAUCCACCGUGUAUUUAUUAAUGACACAAGAUUAUUUAUUGUCAUUUAGAAAAUGGUACAGAUCAUAUAUUCUGCACAUGAGUCUUACUUGCUGUGUUGAUAUGAGUAUUCAAAGCCCUCCUAUCCCUUUUACCCUGCUUGACAAAUCACAGAUGUUUAGUAUCAAUCCUCAUACCAGAUGUUAUAGGUGUUCAUCAUUUAAUGACAAAGACAGUACAUUUAGGGCAUCGUGCCAUAACGUUAGGAAAUGCAUGAAAUGGCAUGAAAGUGAUAUAUAUGGAGAGUUUUAUGCCAAAAAUGUUAUUUAUACAUUUUUCUUAAUGACCUGAAAUUGAUCCUUGAAUAAUGUGAAAUGUGUUGCCAUUACCCACUGUCUGUUCAAAUGUGCCAUAACUUGUUUUAAAAGCUCUGCUAUACAUUAUUUAGUAAGUUGGUGAUUUUAUUUUAUUUUCUAUUCAUAUUUCAUGUUGGAACAAAACAUACACAAGUCUGAAAAAGUCUUACUCCUCACUGCAUGACAAGUUGUUUGACCCCUGCAAAUGUAGCUCGUCUCUGAAUGGUGUUUUUCAUGCUUAGUUGUUUACAUUUCUUUAGAAAAGGGACUUUCAAUAUGCGGAUUUCUUUACAGUGACUGGCUUGAUGACCACAGCUGUAAUCGCCACAGUAUUAAAGGGAAUAAGCAGAA